CUCCAAUGGCAAUAAUGACAACUUUACUCCCAAUGAAUGCAACACUAUCUGUCAGUGAGACUUUAUCAUCCAUUGCUUCCACUGAUGUUCCAUCAUCUCCUCCUGUGCCUGGAACAUCUGCUGCACGAACAACUAAAAGUUCUGCUUUGGAAACUAUUACAACAGGUGCGACACUACAGAAGCCAAAGUUGAAGUUGGGAUUCAAAGUUUUUGAAAAUUUUACAGAAGAACUUCUAAACAAAUCCUCACCACAAUUCAAGAGUUUCUCCAACAGAGUAACUACAGCUCUGGAUGAACUCUAUACAAAGGAAUAUGGUGCACUCUUCAAUCGAUCUGUUGUGAAAUCUUUGAGUCGAGGCUCCAUUGUGGUAGAUGCUGAACUGAUAUUCAAUAAUGUCAGCUCAGUGCCAACAACAAGUUCUGUGGAAGCAUCUUUGAUACAGGAGUAUAACAACAAUACUAACUUCUCUCUUCCACUGAAUACAUCAACCAUUGUUGCAACAAGUGUUAGCACCCUGACAACAUCAACCACAACCCUUCCUACUACAGCUGUUCCGACCACUGCUCCCCGUUCUGCAGCUGCCUCUACUGCAGUUGCUCCCACUGCUGCACCUGCUCCCAGUAUAGCAGCUGUUUCCACUGAUGUUACAGUCACUUCAGCUGCAGAGACUACAACCACUGCAUCAACAAACCCACCUUCAUCCAGUGAGGGAACCCUGUGUCUUCAGUUUAUUCUCAACCAAACAUUUACAGCAGAUCUCUCCAACUCCUCCUCCACAGCAUAUAAGAAUUUGUCUGCGACAGCUGUCUCAGAGGUCAACAGAGUUUGUCAGAAGGUCUAUCCAUCAACCUUCAAUCGCUCAAUUUUCAACACGUUCACGAGGGGAUCAGUGGUUGUUGACAUGACUCUUGUCUUCAAAGAUAAGUCCUCACUCCCAACAGUCAUCAGCGCGACGUCACAACUCAGUGCUGGACUUACCUGCAGCUCCACAUCUCUUAAUAUUGUACCAGGCAGCGUCAUUGUCUGUACAUCAACAUCAAGUAGUCCUCCUCAUCCUACAGUGCUCUCACUGGCAGUCUUGUCACUUACACUGCUGAUUAUGGCACAGAUGCUGACGGAUUCAUAGCGGGAUCCAAACAUUGUCGAUAACUGGAUAAAUAGCUUUUGCAGUGUGAUUAAGUGGAGCAAGACAAGACGCACACUUGCAAAAGCAAUUGACAGAUACUGUGCCAUUAGAUAAAAACAUAUGCACUUGAGAACUUUUAUUGCAUUUACUUUUAUUUCGACAUUUAAUGUCGAGAUACCUUUUCAAAUAAUUUUGUCUUGCCGUUUUAUUUAACUGUGAAUUGAAUUGUACUUAAAAUGUACUUAAUUUUUACCCUGUAUUUUUAAAAGUAUUUUGUGAUACAAUGUGACGACGACAUGUUUUAACACAGUUAAUGUAAUGACAGUUACAGCAUUGUUUUGUCUUACAUUCUGUAUGGAAUUUGUUAUUAUGUAAAUGUUAAUGUAAAAUAAUUAUUGUCUUACCUGCAACACAUCCAUUUACUAUUGUAAAGGACAUAUUGUCAUUUAUUU